AUGACUCCUCCUCCUUCCAUCUCUCACUUGUUGAGAAUAACAGGUUCACAUUUUCUCGACCAUGUACACCACCCGUCAGUUCGAACACUGACGUCAAGUUCACACUUCUCCUUUACUUUCUUCGCUCUCACCUUUUCUCCAGAUGAUAACAACCUUGUGAUACUCCUCUUCAUUCUUUCUUUUUCCGUCCUCUCUUCUUCUUCCGCUCAUAGUCUGUACUUAGCAUGUAUUCAACUGUUGACCUCGGUAACUUCAUCUCAGCGCCGAUCUUUUUCGGAUGCUGAGCCUGUCUUCUCUCUUUUUUGGACCAAACUGAUGACUUCUUUUGAAUGCAUUCUUCUUCAGGAUUUUAAUACGUUUUCGCAUGAAUGUAUUUUUUCUUUCUUUUCAAUCGUUUAUAUCAUUCGAUUAUAUCCCCGUCGAUGUUUCUUUGUAGCUCGUUCAACAAGAAAAAAAAAACGAACGUUUGUGACUGUAGUACAGUGUCGUUUUAUGAGGUACAACACUUUUAUAAUAUCUAUCUAUCUAUCUAUCUAUCUAUCUAUCUAUCUAUCUAUCUAUCUAUCUAUCUAUCUCUGA